AUGUACUCUACACGCUACGAAGCCCCCAGAGAACUUAUUCCUCGUGGGCCGAGUUAUAUGCUUCAUCUGCUUCAUGUCCUCAAACACGAGCGCCCCGAUAAGUUUCGCGAGUCCUUGCGAAUCAACCCCUCUACUUUCGACCGUCUGGUCACUCGUAUUCAAGAUGAUCCCAUCUUCCAAAACGAAUCUCACCAUUCCCAAAUGCCUGUCGACAAGCAGAUCGCCAUCGCUCUCUAUCGCUUCGGUCAUUACGGAAAUGCAGCUGGUCUUCAGGCGAUUGCGAACUGGGCCGGAUGUGGGAAGGGUACAGUCGAUAUCAUCACACGGCGAGUCAUGUCUGCCAUCCUUCGGCCAAGCUUUCGCCUUCAAGCCAUCCGCUAUCCGACUGAAGAGGAGAGAGAAGAGGCGAAGACCUGGGUCGAGAAGCGUUCCUGCAAGGCUUGGCGGGAUGGGUGGUGUCUUGUCGACGGCACUCUGAUCCCCCUUGACGAGCGCCCGUAUUGGUUCGGCGAGUCGUACUUCGACCGCAAACAGAACUACUCCCUGAACGUUCAG